UCUCGGUACCCGGCGAUUAGCUCGUGAGCUUCCGCUAUGCUUAAUGCUUAGCAUAAAUUACCGUUAUUCUGACUUCCUGUGCACAUCGAUCCCUAUUUCUGGUUCCUGAAAACGAUUUUCAUGAUUAAAGUGCUAUGAGAAUGUCACGGUCUCGCUCGUUUUUAUACUCCUUCGCAAUUGUACUGAGUCUUCUCUUGACUCCCUCCGAGUCGGCACCGCAAGCCUUCAGAAGAGAUCGCAGUCACGCUCAAUGGCACCAUGGAGCUUUCCACGACGUGCGAGAUAGCGUCCGAUCCGAUGUUCGCCGCAUGCUUCACUCUCGCGCUGAGGUUCCGUUUCAAGUUCCGCUCGAAGUGAAUGUGGUUCUUGUUGGUUUCAACAAAGAUGGAGGCUACAGAUACUCUAUUGAUGCGCAUCAAUUAGAAAAAUUCCUCAAAAUGAGCUUUCCAUCGCAUAGACCAUCUUGCCUAGAGACUGGCGAGCCUCUUGACAUUGAGCAUCACAUGGUGUAUAAUGUUUUUCCGUCUGGACAACCUGAAUUGAUAGCACUAGAGAAGACACUUAAAGAAGCUAUGGUUCCUGCAGGAAAAGCUAGAGAGAUUGAAUUUGGAAGGGAGUUACCCUUGUUUGAAGUCGAAGCAACAGCUGUGGAGGACAUAUUUCAGAGGCUGUACUCUUACAUAUUUGACAUGGGUGCUGAGGGAAAUUCUGGCACCGAGAAGGAUAGACCAGAGCCAAUUGCAGUAUUUAUAUUAAACUUUGAUAAGGUUAGAAUGGAUCCUAGGAAUAAGGAAAUUGAUCUUGAUAGUUUGAUGUAUGGGAAACUUCCUGAGCUAAGUGAGGAUGAUAUUACAAAACAAGAAGGAGAUUACAUUUAUCGUUAUCGCUACAACGGUGGAGGAGCAUCCCAAGUUUGGCUGGGCUCGGGCAGAUAUGUGGUCAUUGACCUCUCAGCAGGGCCAUGCACUUAUGGGAAAAUUGAAGCUGAAGAGGGAAGCGUCAGUUUUAGAAGUCUGCCAAGAUUACGAAGUGUUAUGCAUCCAAAAAGUUGGCGAACAUUUGCUGAUCAUUCCAGCCAUGACAUUUUUCUUGGACAGCUUGCCUCUUUGAUAUCAAUCACGGUGGAGCAUGUUAUAGCUCCUGAUGUUAGGUUUGAAACUCUGGAUCUGACUUCAAGAUUGCUUAUACCUAUAAUUGUCUUGCAAAAUCACAAUCGAUAUAAUAUUAUGGAAAAGGGCCAUAACUAUAGUAUUAAUGUCCAAGAAAUUGAGGCAGAGGUGAAAAGGAUGCUUCAUGAUGGGCAAGAAGUAGUUAUUAUUGGGGGUGUGCAUUCACUGCAUCGCCAUGAGAAGCUGGCAAUUGCGGUGUCAAAAUCGAUGCGUGGCCAUUCCCUGCAAGAAACCAAGAAUGACGGCCGUUUCCAUGUUCAUACCAAGAUGUAUCUGGAUGGUGCUCUUUUGAAAGAGGAGAUGGAACGUUCUGCCGAUGUGCUUGCUGCUGGAUUGCUUGAAGUAGCGGAUCCAUCUCUGUCAAGUAAAUUCUUUCUUCGGCAGAACUGGAUGGAUGAAUCUGAUGGAUCAACAGAUUCUAUUCUUAAGCAUAAGCCUCUUUGGGCCUCGUAUGACUCAAAACGGGGCAAGAAAAAGAAGAGGAAUGUAAAGAAACAAGGGGAUCUGCAACCAACUUAUGGAACUAGAGUAAUUCCUGUUUUUGUGCUAUCAUUGGCAGAUGUGGAUCCAAACCUUAUGAUGGAAGAUGAAAGUAUGGUGUGGACGAGCAAUGAUGUUGUCAUUGUACUUCAGCAUCAAAAUGACAAGAUUCCUUUAAGUUAUGUUUCUGAAACACAGAGAAGGCAUGCUGUUCCAUCUCAGGCUCAACGACACAUAUUAGCAGGUCUUGCAUCAGUUGUGGGUGGUUUAAGUGCGCCCUAUGAGAAGGCUUCUCAUGUACAUGAAAGACCAGUUGUGAAUUGGCUCUGGGCAACUGGCUGUCAUCCAUUCGGACCAUUCUCUAAUACUUCUCAAAUAAGUCAAAUGCUUCAUGAUGUGGCCUUGAGGAACACAAUAUAUGCACGUGUGGAUUCUGCACUACGAAGAAUUCGUGAAACAUCUGAGACCGUCCAAGCUUUCGCAGCAGAACAUCUUAAAACUCCUCUUGGUGAACCGGUGAAGGGAAAAAGGGAGAAAUCAACCACUAAGCUGUGGUUAGAGAAGUUUUACAAAAAAACUACUAACUUGCCCGAACCAUUUCCGCAUGAAUUGGUUGAACGCCUGGAAAAAUAUCUUGAUGGCCUUGAGGAGCAGCUUGUCGAUAUGUCUUCAUUAUUAUAUGAUCACCGGUUACAAGAUGCCUUUUUGAACAGUUCAGACAUCUUACAGAGUACCAUCUUCACCCAGCAAUAUGUUGAUCAUGUUUUGGCUAGCGAGAGGGAGAAAAUGAGAUGCUGCAGUAUCGAUUACAAGUACCCGGUUCAUUCUUCUCAAACCUACAUCUAUGGAGGAAUACUAAUCGCUGGUUUCUUUGUGUACUUUGUUGUAAUUUUCUUUUCAUCUCCAGUCCGCUGACCUGAAAACAUUUUGAAACCAACAUGGAACACUCGCAACAAUUUUUGAUACAUGGAGCACAAUGCAGUGGAAUGUUGAGUGGGUUGUGUCUCUCUGUUGGAUUCGCCA